ACAGGAAGGUGGUCACAUCGUCAUGGCAGAGAAGAAUUCUCAUACCGUUGUGCAGAUGAUGGAACCAGUGAUAAAUGGAAUUCAAGCAUCAGAUAAAAAAAGAAAACUACAAGGAGCUACAUUAACUUUCCACAAUAUCAACUACAUGGUGGAAGUGAAGACUGGCUUAAUUUGUUGCCGAAAAGUUACAGAGAGACAGAUCCUAACAGAUAUCAAUGGAAUUAUGAGACCUGGACUAAAUGCAAUUCUGGGACCUACAGGCAGCGGCAAGUCAUCACUACUGGACGUACUUGCUGCUCGAAAAGAUCCACAUGGUCUUUCUGGUGAAGUUCUAAUAGAUGGGAAGCCACAGCCACCCAACUUCAAGUGCUUAUCUGGUUAUGUAGUGCAGGAUGAUGUUGUUAUGGGUACAUUGACUGUUAGAGAGAACCUUCAGUUUUCUGCAGCUUUGAGGUUACCGAGGUCACUAAAACAAAAGGAAAAGGAUGAACGUAUCGAUCAGAUCAUCAAGGAACUUGGACUAACAAAAGUAGCUGACUCAAAGGUUGGCACUCAGCUGAUCCGUGGUGUGUCUGGAGGAGAGAGGAAGAGAACAAAUAUUGGUAUGGAGCUCAUUACUGACCCAGGGAUUUUAUUCUUGGAUGAGCCAACCACUGGUUUGGAUGCCAGCACUGCCAAUGCUGUUCUGCUGCUGCUGAAAAGGAUGUCGAAGCAAGGCAAGACUAUCAUAUUUUCUAUACACCAGCCUCGGUAUUCCAUCUUCAGGCUGUUUGACAGCCUCACUCUACUGGCUACAGGACGAACACUAUAUCAUGGGCCUGCUCAGCAUGCGCUGGAGUACUUUACAGAGCUUGGUUAUGAAUGUGAAUCUCAUAACAACCCUGCUGACUUCUUUCUGGAUGUCAUCAAUGGCGAUUCUACAGCUGUUGCUCUUAACAAAAUGGAAGACGUAGAUCUCGGUACUGAAGAGGUAAACGAUAGUGGCUCUCAAACAGUUGUGGAAAAAUUAGCUGGGGAGUUCUGCAAUACCAACUAUUACAAAGAGACCAAGGCCGUGUUGGAGAAAAUGUCUAUCGGUGAAAAAGUGAAGACCAAUUUCUUUAACAGACAAAUCACUUACAACACUUCAUUCUUUCACCAGUUGAAGUGGGUUUCGAAAAGGUCUUUUAAAAAUCUCCUUGGAAAUCCACAAGCAUCCAUAGCCCAGGUAAUGGUUACUACUGUGCUUGCAUUGAUUGUCGGUGCCAUUUUCUUUGGUGUAAAGGAUGAUCAAAACGGAGUACAAAACAGAGUUGGAGCCUUGUUCUUUAUAACUACAAAUCAGUGUUUCAGCAGUGUGUCGGCGAUUGAACUCUUUAUUGUGGAGAAGAAGAUAUUUAUACAUGAAUACAUCAGCGGCUACUACAGAUUAUCAUCUUACUUUUUCUCCAAAUUGAUGGCAGAUCUACUUCCCAUGAGAACAAUGCCAAGCAUUAUUUUUACCUGCAUUAUCUACUUUAUGAUUGGAUUUAAACGUACAGCCGAAUGUUUCUUUAUUAUGAUGUUCACCUUAAUGAUGAUCUCUUACACGGCUACAUCCAUGGCUCUGGCGAUUGCCGCUGGUCAAGAUGUUGUAGCUGUAGCUAACCUGCUCAUGACAAUAUGUUUUGUCUUCAUGAUUAUCUUUUCAGGCUUGCUGGUGAAUGUCACUUCUAUAAUGGAUUGGCUACAGUGGCUGAAGUACUUUAGUAUUCCUCGAUAUGGUCUGACUGUGAGUGGAUUACACAACUGUUUGUGCAUUUCUUUUCACUGA